AUGAGCCAACUUCUUAGAAUGGCCUUAGCAAACAGAUCAAUGUUGUUGGAUAACCGGUUAGAAAAGCUGGUUGCCUGGCUAGGAUGCUCCGAUCAAUUCUAUCUAUCUGAUGAUGUCGAGGUGAAUGAAUGUGAAGAAUCAGGUAGAGGUGUGGUUCUCAAAGGCGGCGCCUUGAAGAAGAAUGAGACGGUGGUUAGGGUACCGAAUCGAUAUCAGUUGAAUUUCAAUAGUAUUCUGUGGAACAUGUCUCUCUUCAACCGCAGAAUAUGCGUCAGUGGUAUCACCGUGAGCGAGCGUGAGAGACAGAUACAGCGGGAGCAGCUUGAUGACAAUGACCCUAGAUUCCGGCUAUAUUCUGUGCUUGACCAAGAGACUGUACUGUCAUUCAGUUCGUUUCAAUUGUUGGCGUUUUACAUUUUGGUUGAACGAGUGUUAUUACCCUUGUGGUUCAAUGGAUCAAUUCAAUCGUUUUGGCAGCCGUUUUUCGACGUUUGGCCCUCUAAGGAGGAACUGGGAUCUAUACCAGCUAUUUGGAACAACUCAGCAUCCUCUAGAGACAAGAAGCUGCUUGGAUUACUACCGCUGGCAUCGCAAAAGCUUAUAAAGAAGAAGAACGCCUUAUUGAGACAAGAUUGGGAUACCAUCCGUCCUUGGUUGGUUAGCAGUUGCGAGCAGUUGUGGCAAGAAGGUCAUCAGUGCCCAUCAAUUGAAGAAAUUUAUGAAGAUUUUUUGCAUGUAUACUUCAUCAUUAACUCCAGAUGCUUAUACUCAGAAGUUCAGCUGAAAAAGGACGAUGUCGAAAGUCAAUUUACAAUGGUACCGUUUGUUGACUUCCUCAAUCAUACGGAUGAAGUGGAUCAGCAUUGCUAUCCCGAGAUCACGAGAGAUCGUAAAGAUCGACUAAUGGGCGUCUUUAGCCUGAAAUGCGGUAAGCGUGGAUACGUUAAGGCUGGCGAGAAUAUUCUGCUCAAUUAUGGCCCACAUUCAAACGAUUUUCUUUUAAAUGAGUACGGAUUUGUGCUGCAGGAGAACCGCUGGAACUUCAUCGACAUAUCAGAUGAAGUCACGAACCUAAUUGGCGGCGAUGCUGUAAUGAUGGAAUUCUUGAAGGAGCAUGCCUACUGGGACAACUACACGAUAAAUUACUCCGAGAUCAGCUAUAGAGCGCUGGUUGCACUUAGCCUGCUUGUCACGCAAGACUACAGACGGGUCGAGAAACUACUGCUCGGCUACAUUUCAGAGGAUUACUUCUUGCCCAAGAUUUCGGACAAGUUACGCGAGUUGCUGGAGAGAUUGCUAGAAAGCUAUCGAGACCGUCUCGAGUCUUUAACCACUCAGCCUGGAAUGCCUGCUAAUUUCUCAGCCCGAAAUCUGGGGACUAUUUACCGUGGUUACAUAGACAUUAUUGAACAUCACUUGGGCAGCUUGUCAUAA